AUGCAAGCUAUUGUUUCAGAUGCCACUGCAUCAUGCAUUACCUAUGGUCGAGCCAUCCAGCGACUCAAGGAAAUUGGAGUGAAUGAACAGGAGGUCCAUGACUACAUCGAACAGCUCACUGAGCAAGCUGAGCAUGAGCGUGAUUGUGAACCUAGCCCUGUUUUGUCAAAUGAGGGAGGAGAAGAGCACGAUAAGGAUGGUCCUCAACUGGUGGAGAAUCCAGCUGAUGCUUUGGCCUGGGCAAUCAUCCAGCAAAAACUCAUCGGGCUUCAGCAAGUGGGUAGGAGCCACGUGGGUGCUGACUUCUCCUUUGAUGAACUUUUCAAAGCUCUGGGGCUAUCAUUGGCCUCAUUUGGGAUCCCACAGUCCAUUCUCACUGCAGUGCCACAUCUCGCUGCCACCUCACCAGCCUCACAGGGUUCGCACCUGGCUGAGUCAUUUCAUCUUUGCCAGCUUGACCCCAUUCUGGAUCUCAUGCAGCAGCAACGCAUGCAGGUACCAGAUGUUCUCAUGGACCAGUAUGUCAACUUCAAGAAGCUCUUCGCAUCCAUGGAACCCAAAGACCUCACUGCAGGUUUUGCGAUUAUCAAGAAAGACCAUUCCUCACCUUGGUGGAUCCGUGUCUUUGGUGCUUGGGCUGAGGUGGUCCUCCAUCUCUAUCCUCAUUGCUCUGCAGAAUUGGAUGCAUAUCAUACUGUCAUCCUUGAGCUAUUCCAUGCCAUGGCUUUCGACCCAUCCAUCGCAAUUAGAGUGGACCGAGCAGCUCGUGAUGCAUAUCACAAGUCACCGUUCCACCUUGAUGAUUGUCCUCAUCUUCAAGUCCAUAUCUUGGCAGAUAUUAUGCAAUCAUCUUCUCAAACCACUCUGGGAAAAAGAGCGCAUCCAGAGCCAUCAUCCUCACCUUCGAAGUGGGCAACCACAUGA